GGGCGCCUGCUCAUGUCCCUGUGCUUCAGCAGUCUCAGCUUCCUGCUCUUCCACAUCAUCUACCAGAUCACUGUCAACAGUCUACUGGCCGGGAACAACAUAGACCCUGCCUUCAACUGUUCCACGUGGGAGAGAUCCAUACGACAGAUCGGCUUUGAGAGUGUGAUAGGUGCAGAUGCAGGGAACGGUAUUCGUGUGUUUCUCCCUGACGUAGGGAUGUUUUUCACUGGUCUGGCCUGCUGGCUGCUAUGUCACAGUCUGGUCCAAAAGAGACCACCAGAGGACAUGGUUUACGACUUCGAACCGGAGGAAGGGGUGGAAGAGGAAAAUCUUAGCCUUGAUGACAAUGCCCUGAUGGAUGAAAACUUUGAGGCUGGGUACGAGGCCGGAGAAGAGGAGGAAGAGGAGGAGGAGGAGGAAGAUGAGGAGGAGGAAGAGGAGGAGGAAGAAGAGGAGGAAGAGGAGAGCACCAAGAUGAAGAUUCUGGGUCGCGUCGCUGACGUGGCGUCCAAAGUGAAGGAGAUCAUUGGGAAUCUGAUCACCACCGCAGGGAAAGUGGUGGUCACCAUACUACUAGGACUAACAGGUAUAAUUCUGCCCUCCCUGACGUCGGGGGUCUAUUUCUCCAUGUUCCUGUUCCUGUGUACGUGGUGGUCGUUCUGUCGCACCUUCGACACCCUCGUCUUCAGCUGUAUGUGUGUCCUCAUGGCCAUAUUCAGCGCUGGACACCUGGUCAUCCUUUACCUCUACCAGUUCCAGUUCUUCCACGAGUUCAUCCCUCCGGAGGACAGCUACAUCAGUCUGUUCGGCAUCUCAUCCAUCAUCCAGACUGACUGUUCCUCUACAUGGAGGAUGAUAGUUAACCCUAAGCUGGCCUGGCACCACUUUGUUAACCCCAUUAUGCUGCUGCUGCUGUACUACACCCUGGCCACUCUCAUACGCCUCUGGCUCCAGGAACCUAUAGAGGUAGGUAACACCCUGGUAUCUCUCAUACGCCUCUGGCUCCAGGAACCUUUAGAGGUAGGUAACACCCUGGUAUCUCUCAUACGUCUCUGGCUCCAGGAACCUUUAGAGGUAGGUAACACCCUGGUAUCUCUCAUACGCCUCUGGCUCCAGGAACCUAUAGAGGGGUCGGUUGCAAAGUCCAACGAGACGUCUUUUGACUACAUCUCCACCCUAGACUCAGUGGAAAAUGGACCGGUCCGCCAGGACCUGUACUCCACCCCACAGUAUGAAAUGGACCAACUCAAUAACAUUACAGAGAAGGAUGGAGGAGUGUAUGACUUCACGCAGCAGCAGGAGGAGGAGGAGGAGGAGGAGGAGGAGGAGAAGGAGGAGGAGGAGGAGGAGGAGGAGGAGGAGGAGGGCCAAGUGAAUGCUGUUGUAACAGUGUUCAGGUUCAUUAUGAAGCAGAGCUAUAUCUGUGCUCUCAUAGCCAUGAUGGCGUGGAGCAUCACGUAUGUUAGCUGGCUGACGUUUGUGUUCCUGAUGUGGUCGUGUGUGUUGUGGAUGGUGAGAGAUCGUCGUCGCUACACCAUGCUAACCUCUCCCUUCAUGGUGCUCUAUGGGAACCUGCUCAUUGUGCUGCAGUAUAUCUGGAGCUUUGAGCUGCUGGAGCCCGUACCUGGACUCUUCAUCAAGAUGGACGUGCCCUUUAGGCAACUGGGCUCCAAGAUUCUAUGCCUGUUGAGCUUUUGGCUGUUGCUGAUACAGACUCUGACAGAGAGACAAGAGGAACGGAGAGAGGCUGCUGUACUCACUGACGUACAUGUGGAUAACCAACUCGAGAAGAAGAAGGAGGAAGAGGAGGAUGAGGAAGGAGGGGAGCAGGACAUCAUGCAGGUUCUGGGGAACAUGGUGAUGGAGAUGCUGGUGAAAUACUGGAUCUACAUCUGUGGAGGAAUGUUCUUCUUCGUCAGCUUCGAGGGACGCAUGGUCAUGUACAAGAUCAUCUAUAUGAUGCUCUUCCUCUUCUGUGUGGCGCUCUAUCAGGUGCACUAUGAGUAUUGGAGGAGGAUCCUGAAAUACUUCUGGAUGUCUGUGGUGGUCUACACUAUGCUGGUCCUCAUCCUGGUCUACACCUUCAAGUUUGAGACCUCCCUACCCUUCUGGUCUAACAUGCCUGGCAUGAGCAAAGAGAAACUGAAGGACCUGGGACUAGAACAGUUCUCCGUAUCGAUGCUCUUCACACGUAUCUUCAUCGCCACCUCCUUCCUCCUGGUGUGUAUCCUCCACCUUCACUACUUCCACGACCGCUUCCUGCUGCUCACUGAUCUGAAGGCUGUGGCCCAAAAACAGGACAGCACCGUCUACAGAUUCGUACACCAGGAUGAAAGCCUGGCUGACAUCCCCAUGCUCUAUUCUGGAGAACGACUGAUACGGGUGGAGGACGAGAAGGAGGGAAACCUGACGAAGGAGAAGAAGGAUGGAGGGAUGAAGCAGAAAGGAGGACUCCGUCAGUCUAUAGACCUGUGUCGGUCGUUCAACAAGUCUUUUGAGUCCAAAUCCAGUGCAGGGCCGGGGAAGAGUGGCGACUGCACUGUGGGAACUGAGCCAGAGCCCUCCACAGAACACACAACCUCAGACCUAAAGAAUAAGUGGCACCUGGUGGUGGACCGUCUGACUGUGCUGUUCCUCAAGUUCCUGGAAUUUACCCACAAGCUGCAGCUCUUCAUCUGGUGGCUCCUAGAGAUGCACAUCGUCAAGAUCGUCUCUUCAUGCAUCAUACUGGUCUCUGUCCAAGAGGUGUCGUUGUUCAACUACGUGUUCCUGGCGUGCUGGUCCUUCGCUCUGCCCUUCAGUCAGUUCAGACCCCUAGCCUCCAGUAUCUGUACAAUCUGGACCUGCGUUAUCAUCGUCUGUAAGAUGUUGUACCAGCUGGAAUCUAUAAAACCUGCCUCUUACUCCAAGAACUGCUCCAUGCCAACGAACUACACAGAGAAACAGAGAGAAGAGAUGGAAGACUCUCUGCUGUACAAGGAGCCAGUAGACCCGUCCAACUGGGUCGGUCUCAACAAGUUCAACCCUCUACUGGAGAACCUCAGGAACAACCUCUUGAUGUUGGCCAUGCUGGCGUUUGAGGUGACCAUCUACCGUCACCAGCAGUACUACAGACUGAGGAACAAGCUCCCUGCACCCGCUGCUCGCAUCAUCUUCCAUGACAUCACGCGGCAACACCUCGACAACGGCAUCGGCAACUGUGCCAAGUACUUCAUCAACUACUUCUUCUACAAGUUCGGGCUGGAGAUGUGCUUCUUACUGGCGGUGAAUGUGAUCGGGCAGCGUAUGGAUUUCUAUGCCAUGCUGCAUGCCUUCUCUCUGAUAGGCGUGAUGUACAGACGCAGGAGGAAAGCUAUAGCUGAGAUCUGGCCUAAAUACUGUUGUUUCCUGGCCUGUCUGCUAACCUGGCAGUACUUAGUCUGCAUCGGGAUACCACCUGCAGCCUGUGAAGACUACCCAUGGCGGUUCCCUAACUCUGCAAUGGACUCCAACGUCAUCAAGUGGCUGUAUUUACCUGACUUCCACACCAACCCCAACCCAAUCUUUCUUGUCUAUGACUUCAUGCUCCUUCUCUGCGCCUCACUCCAGAAGAGUAUAUUUGAAGAGGAGAACAAGGCAGCCGUCCGUCUCAUGGCCGGAGACAACGUGGAGAUCUGUAGAGACCUCGACGCAGCCUCCUUCAGCGUUCACAACCCUGUGCCCGACUUCAUACAUUCCAGGUCCUACCUGGACAUGCUGAAGGUCAUCACAUUCAGCUACCUGUUCUGGUUCGUCCUCACCAUCAUCUUCAUCACCGGCACCACGCGUAUCAGCCUCUUCUGUUUGGGCUAUAUAGUGGGAUGUUUCUACUUCCUGCUGUUCGGCAGGGAGCUGCUGCUCAAGCCAAUCAAAAACAUUCUCCACUACUGGGACUUCCUGAUCGCCUAUAACGUGUUUGUGAUCACCAUGAAGAACAUCCUGUCUAUCCUGGCCUGUGGUUACAUCAAUGUCCUGGUGGUCAACAACUGUUGGCUGAUCCAGCUUCUCAGUCUGGCCUGCACCAUCAAGGAGUAUAAGGUCAUCACUAACAGAGACUUCACACCUACGGACGGUGGUAAGAAGUGUGAUCUGCCCAGCGACGAGGCUGGUAUCAUCUGGGACAGUAUCUGUUUCGCCUUCCUGCUGUUGCAGAGACGUGUCUUCAUGAGUUACUACUUCCUACAUGUGGUGGCUGACAUCAGGGCCUCACAGAUACUGGCCUCCAGAGGGGCUGAAUUGUUCCAGGCCACUAUAGUGAAUGCAGUCAGAGCCAAACUGGAGGAAGAGGAGCAGUCUAUGGAACAGCUGAAGAGACAGAUGGACCGUAUAAAGCAGCGGCAGGAGAAGUUUAAGCGAGGGAAUAAAGUGUUGAGCCAAGAGUCAGGAGACAGAGAGAACCCCAUCCAUCCACAGGAGUCAGGAGACAGAGAGAACCCCAUCCAUCCACAGGAGUCAGGAGACAGAGAGAACCCCAUCCAUCCACAGGAGUCAGGAGACAGAGAGAACCCCAUCCAUCCACAGGAGUCAGGAGACAGAGAGAACCCCAUCCAUCCACAGGAGUCAGGAGACAGAGAGAACCCCAUCCAUCCACAGGAGUCAGGAGACAGAGAGAACCCCAUCCAUCCACAGGAGCAGAAGGUGGUGAGAAGUGGAGAUUAUUACUUGUUUGAAACCGACAGUGAAGAAGAGGAGGAAGAGAUGGAGAGAAGAGAGGGCCUACAGCCUCCCAAGAAGUCAGCGUUUCAGCAAGCUAUUGGGAAGUUUGCCUCAGCCCUUAUAGCUCUGCCCAGAUCUAUCAUUAAACUUCCAAAAGCCAUCCUUCAGUAUAUAAUCAGGGCAGCCAAGUUUGUCUACCAUGUCUGGAUAACAAACUCCAAGACGGCCAUGAAGAAACGAUGCAAAGAGAAGAACAAGUUCUGGAAGAGGUACACCAAGAGAGACAAACACAAAAAGGACAAGAUGGAUGGUCAUGUGACUGUAGAGUUAGGAGAGACAGAGGAGGAUCAGAAGGGAGGAGAGGAGGAGAAGUCUGAUGGACCAGACAACGUCUUGAAGCGAGUGUUCAACAUCAUCAAGUUCACCUGGGUGUUGUUCCAGACGGCGGUGGAGAGCUUCACCAAGUGGAUGAACAACGUGUGUAGAGAACACAUAGACAUCUCCACCGUGCUGCGUAUUGAGAGAUGUAUGCUCACUAGAGAGAUCAAAAAGGGUAAUGUUCCGUCCAGAGACAGUAUCCACGUGUACUACCAGAAGCAGAUGCGUGUGUACAUGUCGCAGGCCUCCAGUCUGGACCGGCUCAUUGACGAGAACAGUGUGUCGUGGUCUCACAGGGUCCGUAGAAGGAGAGGUAGCUAUCGUAUGGAGAGCCAGGACUCCAUUGUAUCUAUGGCCUCCAGGGAUAGUUUAUCCAGUGCCUACACUGAGGCCACCAUGCUGUUCUCCCGCCAAGACACGCUGGACGAGCUGGACGGAAUGCCGUCAGACGUUCCUAUUCCCAAAACCAGCGAGCGUGUUCGGCCCACACUCUGUAAGAUUUACGGCCUAGACGCCUCCAAGUCGACUGACAGCAGCAGCAGCCAAGUGUCCAGCGAGGCGACUCAGUGCAUCACUCUCUACUCACGGCAAGGCACCAAUGACACCAUCGAGGAGGUGGAGGACGAACAGGACCAGGGGGAGGACAGGCAGAACGAACUCUUGGGACCCUCACAACCGGAGGCAGAGAGUGCUGAGGGAAGCCCCUGGUGGAGUGGUGGUGGUGGAGUGACCACCGAAGAGGAGGAGGGGGACCAAGGACAGUGGGAUUCAUGGGGGACUCCAGGCCCAAGGGAGGUCCCCUCCUUCAGGGUAGACGGUCCAACUUCGACCCUCCUGGCCCUUCGAUCAGGGUCCCAGGACUGUACCACUGACAGUGACGAUGGGGGUGUCCGGCAAGAGUACCGGAACACAGAGCAGCGGGACCGGGUGGGUCAGCUGGACACUUCGGACACUGACGUGCCUUCCAGCUACAACAAGUCGGUGAGCUUCGACCGACUGGAGGUGAGUGAGGAUGACAGCGACAGGGACGAUAGGAGGAGGAUGGCGAUGACCCCAGACACCAGCCGGUCUGACUAUCUGGACGACCCCUUGCUGCCCUCGUUGACCACUGAGCUGACCGCCAGCGAACUGCUGCUCAACAAGAUGUUCCAUGAUGAGGAGUUAAAGCGGUCGGAGCGGUUCUAUGUGGGCCAGCCCCUGGUGCUCCAGCUGGUCUAUGCCCUGUAUAACAUGCUGAUGACCCACUCUGAGAUGGUGUGUUACCUAGUCAUCAUCCUCAACAACAUGCUGUCAGCCUCCUGUAUCACCCUGGUCCUCCCCAUCCUCAUCUUCCUCUGGGCCAUGCUGUCCGUACCUAGACCCAGUAAGAGGUUCUGGAUGACCGCCAUCGUUUAUACCGAGGUCGCCAUCGUCAUCAAGUAUUUCUUCCAGUUUGGCUUCUUUCCCUUCAACCAGAACCCGAAGGUGAACGGGAAUAAACCCUACCACCCUCCCAACAUCAUCGGAGUGGAGAAGAAAGACGGAUACGUCGUCUGCGACCUCAUACAGCUUCUGGCUCUCUUCUUCCACAGGUCCAUCCUGAAGUGUCAUGGUCUCUGGGACGAAGACGACCGUAAGGACACCAAGAAGGAGAUCCUUCGCCAGGACACCGAGUCGAAGGAAGACGAGAAGGAGAGGGACGCCACUCCCGUGCCGUCCAACCCCCGCGAGAGGAAGGGGUCGAUACAGACCCUCAGGUCUAUGAAUCUGGGCGUGGGCACCUCCGUGGACUCUGUACACGUCCCCGUGCACUACCUCCAGCAACAGCAGCAGACCUACCAGAGAAGGAAGAGCUCCAGUGCAGGGUCUCAUAUCUCCCACCAGUCAGUCCACUCUGUACGCUCCAAGAGAGGCAGCAUCAACUCCAGGAACAGUAGCCGUAGAGACGGGGGCGAGGUGUCAGUGCAGCAGAAGACCAAGAAACAGCUGAUCGUGGAGAAGCUCAAAGAACAGAUGAUCAAAGCCAAGACCUUCACUAUCAAGAGGAUCAUGAAGGUGUACCUGCCCAUCCGUCAGUUCUUCUACAACCUGGUCCAUCCAGAGUACAGCGCUUUGACAGACGUCUAUGUCCUCAUGUUCCUGGCCGACACCGUCGACUUCAUCAUCAUCGUCUUCGGUUUUUCUGCUUUUGGGAAACACUCAACGGGAGCCGACUUCACGUCGUCUCUGUCGGAGGACCAGGUUCCCGGAGCCUUCCUGGUGAUGGUUCUGAUCCAGUUUGGGACCAUGGUGGUGGACCGGGCCCUGUACCUCAAGAAGACAGUGCUGGGGAAAGUCAUCUUCCAGGUGGUCCUGGUGUUCGGGAUUCACUUCUGGAUGUUCUUCAUCCUCCCCGGACUCUCUGAUAGGCGUUUCAAUGAGAACACAGUAGCCAAGCUGUGGUACUUUAUCAAGUGUAUCUACUUUGGGCUGUCAGCCUAUCAGAUCCGCUGUGGCUACCCCACCAGGGUCCUGGGUAACUGCCUCACCAAGAGCUACAACUACACCAACCUCUUCCUGUUUCAAGGGUUCCGUCUGAUCCCGUUCCUGUCUGAGCUGCGUGCGGUAAUGGACUGGGUCUGGACUGACACCUCUCUGUCUUUAUCCUCUUGGAUCUGUAUGGAAGACAUCUACGCUCACAUCUUCGUCCUCAAGUGCUGGAGGGAGUCAGAGAGGAGAUACCCCCAGCCGCGGGGCCAAGCGAAGAAGCCGGUGGUGAAGUAUGGGAUGGGAGGGAUGAUCGUCAUGCUUCUGAUCUGUAUCAUCUGGUUCCCUCUACUCUUCAUGUCUCUGAUCAAGUCUGUGGUGGGGGUGGUCAACAGACCACUGGACGUCUCCUUCUCCAUCACCCUGGCCGGGUUCCAGCCGAUCUUCACUAUGAGUGCUCAGCAGAACCAGCUCAGAGAAGUCUCCAAACAUGACAUCCAUGGCACCUUCAUGAGGUCAUACCAGUCCUAUCCUGAAGCGAUGCAGUGGCUGGAGUACUACAUGCCAGAGGACCUGACCAUAGCUGAGUUGGAGGGCAGCUCUAACAGUCUGUGGACCAUCAGUCCUCCCAGUAGAACUAACAUCAUGGAGAUGCUCAGCUCCAAGGAACAGUUCCCCAUCACUGUAGCUUGGUCUAUCCAACGGAACCUGACUCUGGGAGCGAAGGCUGAGUUUGCGACUGGGAAGAAAGUGACGUUCCUGGAUGAUGCAACCAAACUGGAGCUGAGCCUACUGCUCAACGGGACCAGACGAGACAGAGUGGUGAUAAAACAUAUUUUCCCGCGGUACCUCCGAGCCCCUAGUGACUCCGAGGCCAAGCCCAUAGAACAACUGUAUAAAGAGAAGGUGUACAUGAGCAUCACUUUGGCGUUGGAGCGUUCCCAUAACGACUCGGCGGAAGUCCAGGAGUGGUGGAUCGUGAACCAGACUAGUCCGGGACAGAUCAACGUUCGUCGGCCCAAGCACCUGUACGACGCUGGGCUGGAGCUCUAUGUCUUUAGUGACCAGGUCAGCCCUCCUAGUCUGGGCUUCCUGGCUGGAUACGGGAUCAUGGGUCUUUAUGCCUCCGUGGUGCUGGUCAUCGGUAAGUUUGUCCGUGAGUUCUUCAGCGGAGUCUCCCACACCAUCAUGUUCGAGGAGCUGCCCAACGUGGACCGCAUCCUGAAGCUGUGCACCGACAUCUUCCUGGUCCGAGAGACGGGAGAGCUGGACCUGGAGGAAGACAUGUACGCUAAACUCAUCUUCCUCUAUCGCUCGCCUGAGACUAUUAUCAAAUGGACCAGGGAAAAGACUCAGUGAGCCUGAGACUAUGAUCAAAUGGACCAGGGAAAAGACUCAGUGAGCCUGAGACUAUGAUCAAAUGGACCAGGGAAAAGACUCAGUGAGCCUGAGACUAUGAUCAAAUGGACCAGGGAAAAGACUCAGUGAGCCUGAGACUAUGAUCAAAUGGACCAGGGAAAAGACUCAGUGAGCCUGAGACUAUGAUCAAAUGGACCAGGGAAAAGACUCAGUGAGCCUGAGACUAUGAUCAAAUGGACCAGGGAAAAGACUCAGUGAGCCUGAGACUCUGAUCAAAUGGACCAGGGAAAAGACUCAGUGAGCCUGAGACUAUGAUCAAAUGGACCAGGGAAAAGACUCAGUGAGCCUGAGACUCUGAUCAAAUGGACCAGGGAAAAGACUCAGUGAGCCUGAGACUAUGAUCAAAUGGACCAGGGAAAAGACUCAGUGAGCCUGAGACUCUGAUCAAAUGGACCAGGGAAAAGACUCAGUGAGCCUGAGACUAUGAUCAAAUGGACCAGGGAAAAGACUCAGUGAGCUCGUGCUUCUACACCUGCAUUGCUUGCUGUUUGGGGUUUUAGGCUGGGUUUCUGUACAGCACUUCGAGAUAUUAGCUGAUGUACGAAGGGCUAUAUAAAAUAAAAUUGAUUGAUUGAUUGGCUGUAAAGGGGUAGUUAUCCGCUUUAACAGUGUUUCUCAACCUCUGACUAGUCGGUGAAUAUUUGGACCAGUCUCUGGGACGUUGAUGUUACCGACUGACUUGAGAACUCUUCUUAAGUGUCAUUGAUUUAUUUUAUGUAAGGAAGGAAGGACCAAAGCUUGCCGGUUCCUAUUGAGAAAACGGUUGAGAAACACCGCCUUAGAACACAAUUGCUUAAAUAACGUGACCGAGGCGUCAGGAAACAAUGAAAGUUGGGACAAAGAACGGGGUCUUCACUGAGAGGACAUAUGGUUGAGGUUAAAUACUAUUUACAAAGCUCUGGUGGUAUGCGAUUCAAGUACUGGCGUGACUAUUCUACUUUAUACCAACGAUGUGUCAAAUACUACAACUAACUCCCUGUAUCGUUCCUCGUUGUCUUUUCCCGACAGCAGUGUGGAUUAUACAGGUCAGUGUUUUAAAAAGGGCUUCCCACCAAUGGAUGAUGACCACGAGGAGGAACUUACACAGGAUUGGUCGUUUUAGAUUGCCAACCUUUUCCUGAUUGGAGCUCCUGGUUCAUGGGAUUGUGCAAUAUUAUAGAGCUCUUCUUCAUGUCCUCCGAGACGACCAUUUUGAAGGAUGUUGUCAUUGCUACAUACGAGACGACCAUUUUGACUAUGAUCGCAGGCGACUACGCCAUCUUGUUCAUGUCUAAAACAGAGAGCUACUUCUAAAGACGCUAACGACAAUCUAUACUUGCAUUAUUUUUUGUUUGUUUGUAUGAGAAACUAAACUUGUGUUAAUGAUUUCUCAGGAAAAGACAGGAGUUGUUGUUUCACCAAAAAAAGGGUUAACUUUUACUCAAUGUAAUGUUUAGAGUAUAGAAACUUUAAUAUGUUGUUUUGGUAGCUAAUAGACGGUUGAAUUGAUUUACCUACUUAAAGGUCAUAAAAAGCUGAGAAGAUAUAAAAACAAAAACUGUGAUAGAAUCAAGACUGAUGUUGGUCUAUUUCCUGUUGGUCUAUUUCCUGUUGGUCUAUUUCCUGUUGGUCUAUUUCCUAGUUGGUCUAUUUCCUGUUGGUCUAUUUCCUGUUGGUCUAUUUCCUGUUGGUCUAUUUCCUGUUGGUCUAUUUCCUGUUGGUCUAUUCCUAGUUGGUCUAUUUCCUAGUUGGUCUAUUUCCUAGUUGGUCUAUUUCCUAGUUGGUCUAUUUUCUGUUGGUUUAUUUCCUGUUGGUCUAUUUCCUAGUUGGUCUAUUUCCUGUUGGUCUAUUUCCUAUUUCCUGCAUAUUAGCCAGGGGGGAACCACUCCAGACUGUCUGUAAAUAAUUGAGAAGAAGAACCUGUCUUUAUCCAAAUUAGAACCCGAUUCCAGUAUGUUUUUAUCAAGGCCCAUAUAAGGAUCUGGUCAAAAGUAGGUCAUUACAUAUUAACGCAUCUUUUGACCAAUGGGUACAAUAAUAUGUUAAUUAUGUAGAUGCUCCUCUAAGAAAACCAAUGGUCCAAACCUCAUGGUGUUUUUAACCCUUGUGGGAUGGCCAGAAUUAGGGUGACUAAAUCAAUGGAGGCCAGAGAGAAGAAGUGGUCAAAAAUCAGGAAAAUUACACUGCAUGGUGUCAGCGAGACUAGAGUCUGUGAAAGGAUUAAGUUUAACUGACAGGCUCACUGUUGAACUCCUCAUCUUUCUUCUAGACUCCACCGGACAUAAAACAACAUAAAAGUAAGAAAGAUAUCGAUUUUGACAUGUACUAUUUUCAUAUUUUAGCAUAUGCUUUUCAUAUUAAUGCGAACUUCCUGUGAAAGGUCAACAGAGCAUAGAGCGUACCGCUCAUGUCAUGGUCAUUUAGCUUUUUUUUUUUUGCGUCCCGUGGAAACAACUUUGAAGUCGACCAUCACAACAUUGUAAAAUCCCCCCAAAGUUGCUGCGCGAAAGCUGCACCACUGUCAACAGAGCUUGUUGCUUAUUAUCGGAUGUAUUAUAGGUUGCAAAAUCCAACUUGUUGGAUAUACUGUUAAUGAAAUGUUAGAGAAAGAACUCCACUGUACGAUUCUUUGUAAAAAAUGUACUUCAUAACAUAAGGAAGUGACAUUUCAUACCCCAAAGCGCGUUUUCACCCACUCGGGGAAGAGUUGCUGCAAUUGGGCCUGUACAAAGCCCUCAGAUCUUCUCCUAACUGAGUCCUGGCACCUCUUAUAGAAAAUUGUCUUCAAAGUAUUGCAGAGUACCGGCACCUAUAUAUAAAGAGUUACCGGCACCUAAAAAGGAGUACUGACAUGUAUUGCAAUCCAUUUCAAGCGCUGAAUACAGGCUCUGUUCAGGAUACAGCUGCUAUUAGAUCAUGUUAUUAUACUGUUCUCUCUGGCUCCAAGGACACAUUUAGAGAGGAGAUGGGCUUCUCCUCAGACACACAGUUUAUUUGCUACAGUUUGACCCAAGCCCAGGGCAGUGGGUGUAUUUUGAAUAAAGAGUAUAUACUGUAUCAUGAAGCUACUCGACUGUCUGGAGUGUUCUCAUGGACACUGUUGCUGGACUCAUCCAUUGUUCAACUUCGUCCACCGAUUUGUAGAACUCUGACCUCGUGUACAGAAUGACUUCCGUAUGACUUCAAUAGGAAGUAUCACUUGAGUUUCAUCAACAUUCUAAGAUAAGAAAUGGAGAAAAUAACCAUUCAUACGAAACACAAACACGCAUUGGUUUUGUUUGGACCUUUGGUUUUCCGAGCUAUGCAUCAGAGGACAUUGUAGCAUGAAAGAAAACGUCCAGUAUUGUCAUGAGUCAUUUUCCAUUACAUUACAUAACAGUUUUAGGGAGGGAGGGUAGGGAGGUGAGGUGGGAUUACAUGUAAACGGUCAUUUUGUCUCUAUGUCUUAAAGGAGCUUUAAUAAAAGUAGUUGUAUGUUUAAAGGUAUAAAACAUGGUAUAGUUAUGGUCCAUUUUCAAUGGGUAGGUUCUAAUGGUCCAGUUGUAUGUUUAACCCUUGUAUGAUGUUUGGGUUUGUGGGGAUCCAUUUUCAAUGUUUACAAAAAAGAAAAAUGAUACAAUUAAUCAUCUUUUCAACCUGUGACUCAUUGGCUUUGGCUCAUUUUCUGUGAAGAAUAUGUCAAAUAACCUCACUUUCAUUUAGUGAACACUGUGCCCUCCCCACCCUCUACACGUUUAUAUUACAUAUGUGGUGUUCUGGUCCACUGGAGGGUAAUAAAAGUGUGGGAAAGUGUGUGUGUAGGUGAAAAGAAGUAAAAAAUUAAACAAAAAGGUUUGCUGUGUGCCUUCACUCUGUCUUCCUCCUCCCUGGGCCUGCUGUUUCAACAUAGCACCAACAACCUGUCCGGCUCCCUGCCUGUCUGCCUGUCUCCCGCUUUUCUCGCACUCUUUAACCUUUGUAGUGUGUGAAACUACACAAUGUCUUACGGUAAC